AUGUUGAAAACAUCGUUGUCGAGUUUGUUAUUCGGACUGCUGUUAAUCAUCGCAGUGAGCAAUGUUUCAGCGAAAAUAAAACAAAGAAUAAUCGGGGGCUCAAGAGCAGAUGGUAAACGAUUCAAGUACCAAGUAUCUCUUCAGUUACUCUCGUCAGACGGUUGCAGUUAUCAUUGGUGCGGUGGCAGCAUACUCGAUGAGUAUCACAUCAUCACGGCCGCUCACUGUGUCACUGACAAGUACACACAUAAAUUCAACAAUUUAGAAUUUACUGUCGUGGCUGGAACGGACGAUCUGAAGGAUAAAACCCGGAAACCCGGCAUCUAUCGUGAUGUCGAGUACAUCUACAUGCCUGAAGCUUAUGAAAAAACUCGUAAAUUAAUACAUGAUAUAGCGAUUUUGAGGUUGAGAAAUCCGUUGCCGUUGCACACGGAUGGCAGAAUAAGUGCAAUCAAGUUACCGACGGCCAAUCAGUAUCAGCCACCGUAUUCACCACCCGCCGUUAUGUCUGGCUUUGGCGCUUGGAAACAAACACUGGUAAACGGCAAAUUAAUAGACUCUGGUAGCACUCCAUUUUUACAGUUCGUUUACGGAUACAUAAACAAGUUUGAUCCUAAAUUCGUCUGCGAAAGCACGGUAGUCUGUGUUCAAGGUGUGACUCCUGGAGUAUUGUCAGGAACAUGCUUCGGCGACAGUGGCGGCCCGCUCGUCGAUUAUUUCACAAAUACCCUGAUCGGUGUCACAAGCGGUUCGGAUUAUGACCAAUGCGGAAUAACGACGAGAUUUACCAGAGUCUCAUCUUAUCUGAAAUUCAUUGAGGAUGUACGGAGUUUGCAGUUUAGAACAGCUACUUCUGGUAUACAGUUCAAGCAUGUUCAUGAACUUAUUUUUCCCACGCUUCCUCUCUGCAACUAA